AUGGGAGUGGAUGAACCAGUCCACAAGUACAUGGGAGUGGAUGAACCAGUCCACAAGCACAUAGGAGUGGAUGAACCAGUCCUCGAGCACAUGGGAGUGGAUGAACCAGUCCACAAGCCCAUGGGAGUGGAUGAACCAGUCCUCAAGCACAUGGGAGUGGAUGAACCAGUCCACAAGCCCAUGGGAGUGGAUGAACCAGUCCUCAAGCACAUGGGAGUGGAUGUACCAGUCCACAAGCACAUGGGAGUGGAUGAACCAGUCCUCAAGCACGUGGGAGUGGAUGAACCAGUCCUCAAGCACAUGGGAGUGGAUGAACCAGUCCACAAGCACAUGGGAGUGGAUGAACCAGCUGACAAGCUGCAGGAACCUUGUCACCGGUAA